UCAGCCGAGGCUCUGCUGCUGUAACUUCUCCUGUUUGUCUUUGCCUUUCAGGCCACAGAGGAAUCUCUCCCCCCACAGCUGCAGCCAUGGAUGAAAUGGAGGAAGAGUUAAAAUGCCCUGUUUGCGGCUCUUUUUUCCGGGAGCCCAUCAUACUGCCGUGCUCCCACAACAUUUGCUUGGCUUGUGCUCGGAAUAUUCUUGUGCAGACCCCCGAUGCUGAGUCUCCACAGAGCAGCCGAGCCUCCGGAUCCGGCGUCUCAGAUUAUGAUUACCUGGAUCUGGAUAAAAUGAGUCUGUACAGUGAGGCGGACAGUGGAUAUGGUUCAUAUGGGGGUUUCGUCAGUGCUCCGACCACCCCUUGCCAAAAGUCACCUAACGGGGUGCGGGUUUUCCCCCCGACUGUCCCCCAGCCUCCUCCGCAACAGCACCUGCUAGCGCAGCCCGGCUCUUUACCCCCGAUCCCCCGCAACUCCUGCAUCACUUGCCCGCAGUGUCACCGCAGUCUCAUCCUGGACGACCGGGGUCUCCGCGGAUUCCCCAAGAACCGGGUGCUGGAAGGGGUUGUGGACAGGUACCAGCAGAGCAAAGCGGCCGCUCUCAAGUGCCAGCUCUGCGAGAAGAGUCCGAAGGAGGCCACCGUCAUGUGCGAGCAGUGCGACGUCUUCUACUGCGACCCGUGCCGCCUACGGUGCCAUCCUCCCCGCGGACCCCUCGCCAAGCAUCGCCUGGUGCCUCCGGCGCAGGGGCGGAUAAGUCGCCGGGCGAGUCCCCGCAAAAUCUCCACUUGCACAGAGCACGAACUGGAGAAUCUAAGCAUGUACUGUGUACAGUGUAAGAUGCCUGUAUGUUAUCAGUGCUUGGAGGAAGGAAAACACGGCACACAUGAAGUCAAAGCUUUGGGCGCAAUGUGGAAACUGCACAAGGGUCAGCUGUCCCAGGCUCUCAACGGCCUGUCAGACCGAGCCACUGAGGCCAAGGAGUUCCUGGUCCAGCUGAGAAACAUGGUGCAGCACAUCCAGGAGAACGGGGUGGAGUUCGAGGCGUGUUUGGUGGCUCAGUGCGACGCCCUCAUCGACGCCCUGAACCGACGUAAAGCCCAGCUGCUGGCUCGAGUAAACAAAGAGCACGAACACAAGCUGAAGGUGGUUCGGGAUCAGAUCUCCCACUGUACGGUGAAGCUGCGUCAGACCACGGGCCUGAUGGAGUACUGUCUGGAGGUCAUCAAGGAGAACGACCCCAGUGGUUUCCUCCAGAUCUCUGAUGCUUUGAUCCGGAGGGUCCACAUGACAGAGAGCCAGUGGGGGAAGGGAACCCUCACCCCGAGGAUGACCAGCGACUUUGACCUCACUCUGGACAGCGGGCCCCUCCUGCAGACGAUCCACCAGCUGGACUUUGUCCAGAUGAAAGUUCCUGCCGCUCCGAUGCUCCAGCUGGAGGAAUGCUGCACUCAGAACAACAGUGCCACGUUGUCAUGGAAACAACCACCGCUCUCCACCAUCACCGUGGAGGGAUACAUCCUGGAGCUGGACGAUGGAAACGGGGGGCCGUUCAGGGAAGUGUACGUGGGGACGGAGACCAUCUGCACGGUGGACGGGCUUCAUUUCAACAGCACAUACAAGUCCAGAGUGAAGGCCUUUAACGCCAGCGGAGUGGGCCAGUACAGCAAGACACUGAUCAUGCAGACAUCUGAGACUGGACUCCCUCCAUGUGAUAUUCAGUCUAUAGGCACAGUUGCUUGGUUCACCUUUGACCCAGUGUCCGCUCACCCGGACAUCAUCUUCUCCAACGACAACCUGACGGUGACGUGCAACAGCUACGAUGACAGGGUGGUCAUGGGUAACUCCGCUUUCUCCCGUGGUGUGCAUUACUGGGAGAUGACCAUCGAUCGCUAUGACAACCACCCAGACCCGGCCUUCGGGAUCGCUCGGGCCGACGUCUUGAAGGAUGUGAUGCUGGGGAAGGACGACAAGGCCUGGGCCAUGUACGUGGACAACAACCGCUCCUGGUUCAUGCACAACAACUCGCACACCAACAGAUCGGACGGCGGCAUCAGUAAAGGGUCUACGAUAGGAGUGCUGCUCGACUUCACACGCAGGAUCGUCAUCUUCCUCAUCAACGAUGAGCAGCAGGGUCCGGUGGCGUUUGAAGGGUUGGAGGGCGUCUACUACCCCGCCAUCAGCCUCAACCGAAAUGUCCAGGUCACACUGCACACUGGUCUACCCAUCCCAGAUUUCUACACCCCCGGGGAGGCAGAUCCAACUGGCUCUGUGUGCUAAAGACUCACCGCCACCCAGUUUGGGAAAACCUCUCCAGGUUUUCCCAGGGUUCAUCCUGCCAGUCAUUAACUAUGAUCCCACCCUGCUCCCCCUCCUCUUGUCCCCCUGACCGACUGACCCCAUGACUCUGUGUAACAGGCCCCAUCCAGCG